GUAAUACUGAAUAUUUCAUAGGUAAAAUGUCUGAAUAUGAAUAAUGGAGAAGAGAUAAACGUUCAAAACAUAUCUGGAGAUGAAAGCAAUCCAUCAGUAGGCUCAGGAAUAUCAGAUGACAGUGGUAUUGAAGACUGGACAGAUGAUAUGGCUGCUCCAAUAGAUCAAGAAGAAGCUGUAGCUCUUAUUCAACCUCAAGAAAAAGAAGAAAAACAAAAUGAAAAUCAAAAACAAAUUGUUAAUCUUUCGGAAAAAGAGGAUGCAAAUAAUGAAAUGGAGUGCAUCUUUCCGAUGCUUCCAAGUAAAUACGAAACAAGUAAACCAACAAGAAGCGAUGUAUUAGAUGAGAAUGGUGUCAAAGGUGUUUGUGGAAUAUAUAACCUUGGCAAUACCUGCUUUAUGAAUGCGAGCAUUCAAUGCAUGAUAGCUACAAAGGCAUUGAACAAUUUAUUUUUAAAAGGAGAUAUUAUACAAAAUAGUUUGGAUCAUACAAAUGAAGCAGCAACAGUACUCUUGUUUUUGGAACGCUUUCAACAACUUAUUCAUAAAGUGUUAAGUGGGAAAUAUUCUCUGCUAUAUCCUAAUGAACUGCAUGCUGCAAUCGCCAGACUACAUCCAGGUUUUGGUGAUUAUAAACAACAUGAUGCUCAAGAAUUUCUUUCGUUUCUUUUAAACAUACUUCAUGACUUUCUGAAUCGUGGAUCAGUUAAAAGCCAGCCAAGAAAAAUAUCAGAAAGUCUUCAACACAGACCACUAUCACUCCCAGAAAAGGAUUUUGCAGAAAAUCUUACUGGUGAAGUGUCAAAACGCUUAAAAAUGGAUAAUUCAUGUCAAUAUGAUAUAAUGCCCAUGGAAUCUGACGCAGAUGCUGGAGUAGAGUGUGAGGAGAGCUUAUCCAAAGCUGAAAAAGUGUGGAGAGAACAUGCUUGCAAUAACCAAUCAAUUAUUGCUGAUUCAUUUUUGGGUCAAUUUCAAAGCGUGAUUUCGUGUGAAAAAUGUGCAUUUGUUUCGACCACAUAUGAACCAUUUAUGAUCUUAUCCUUACCAAUACCACAUGCAAUGGAGAAACAAAUAGUGGUUACGUGGGUUCCAGCUUCAAGUUUCGGCACGUUACCUGGUAUGGUUUUAACAACUAGAUAUCUUGUAACGGUCAACAAAAAUGGAUGCAUGGCUGACGUCAAGAAAGAAUUGAUAACCUUGGUGAAGACUGAAGAUGAGUUUUUAAAUGUAAAUAAUAUUUUAUUUGCUGAAGUUUCAAAGUCAGCUGCUGUCAAAAUACUGGAUGACCGCACCCAGCUUAGUUAUUUAAGUAAAACAAAAGAUAUCUACGCCUUAGAAGUGUUUACAACAAAAGAACUGGACACCCUGCCCAAUGCAGAUUCUGAUGAAAAAUGUGGUGCCGUCAGCGCUGAGUCAGCAAUAAACAGUGCAAGCUCAUGGCAUUCGUGCAGCAUAUGUUUUGAUGAGAUAUAUGAUGACGAAAUGAAGGUCCAUGUGACGUGUGGUGGAAUGAUGUGUGGGUCUUGUUUGCAACACAUGGGCGCAAAUUUCAGCUGUCCAAUAUGCAGUAAAUAUAUAUCACAGGAAGAUUAUACGCCAUUGAUUGAACCCACUGAUUUAACAAAAAAUAAAGACACUAUCAAUACCACUGAAGACGCUGAAGCUAUGCCAUCUGAAGUAUCCGCAGUAAACAGUGCCAGUGCAUGGCGUUCAUGCAGUAUAUGUUUGGAAGAAACCUUUGAUGAAGAGAUCAGAAUACACACAAUUUGUGGAGGAAGCUUGUGUGUUAGCUGUUUAGGAAAAACAGCUGAGUAUCAUUACUUUCAAAAGUUUCCUUGUCCUAUUUGUUCAAAGUACAUAUCUCCAGAAGAAUUUCAGUGUUUGGUGACACCCAGUUCUGUUGGCACCUCGAUCAAACGUUUAAGGCAGGUUUUGGUACCUAUUAUGUUCCGCCACGACAAUUUAAAUGAUAACAGCACAACUCGGAAGUUUCUGCUUUUCGGUCAUCCAGUUGUCGCCUCUCUUCUUUCUGAAGUGAAAGCAUUAAAAGUGUUUGAACUGGUUAAUCAAGUCCUGAGCCCUUUGUCUCAAUUAACCCUGAAGUUUGAUGUCGUAAUAACGGAUGGAUCUGGUCUCUCCUGUGGUCGAUGCGAGAUGUUUAGUUCCUGCAAAGGAUGCUCUGUCACUGAGCAUGAAACCUUGAUGUUAAAACCCGGCGUUUGUUUGGCUGUGCAUUUCCAUGACAACAUUGAAACUGUUGUUACAAUGAUGGAUCACUGUAAAGACGAUAAAACAAUGAGCAUGAAGAGGGAGAGUGAUGUAGUUUCAUUAGACGAAUGUUUGAAAGCGUUUGGGGAGGUCGAGCUACUCACAGAAGACAACCCGUGGUUUUGUCCCCAAUGCCAAGCCAAUCAGAUUUCAACUAAAAGUAUAACAGUAACAAGAUGGCCAGAGGUUUUAAUAGUACAUUUAAAAAGAUUUUACUUUGAAGGCAGUACUGGAUGUAAGAUAACAUGUCCGGUGGAUUAUCCAUUAAAUGAAUUGAACGUGGAUGUGUUAUCGUGUGUUGAUAAUAACUUCGAAUCAAUGAAAUCGUCACAAGUUAAUUAUGACUUAUAUGCUGUAAUUUGUCACACCGGAAGCUUAUAUGGAGGACAUUAUACUUGUUUCACGAAGUACGUCACGUGCUCUGACACAUGUAACGGAAACACAGAAUGGUACUAUUUUAAUGACGAAUCUUUCGAAAAGAUGGAGCCAUCGGAAGAUCAUCGUAGUGAUAGUUAUGUUCUUUUUUAUCAACGAAAAUAAGAUCCUGCAGAUGUACAAAGAAGCGAAAAUUCACCCUUUUUAAAGUAGCCGACUCGGGUUGGCUGCAUCCGUAGACCCGGGUUGGAUACAUCCGCGAACCCUGGCUGGAUACAUCGAAUAAUUUUUGUACCGUGGCGUAAGACGUCGUGUUCACACUGACUGUGAAAUAAAAUUUUAUUUUGUGUUUUAGAUAUAGUUUUGUUACAAGCUCGUGAGCUUGUAUUAAAACGCAAAUGUGUCCUACAAGAAUAGAAAUUUUUGCCUCUCUGAGCACCGACACGGGAGUAGUCGUGUGUUCGAAUCUCAUCUUGGUAACUAUUUUUACUUUUUUUUUCUUUUUACUAUCUCGCCUGCGAGGAUGUGUUUCCAACUCGUAACUAACUAACCAAAUGGUUAAUUGCAACGUCACAAAUUUAAACUUCAUACCUAAACUCUCUAAGUACUUAAAAGUCAUCGGCCAAAUUUGGUAUUUGUUUUCGACAAAAAUUGGCACAGUUAACAAAAAAAUUAUGCUGAACAUAAUAGUGACAUCAUAAUUUUAAUUUUUGUCACCUAAUUGUUAUUUUAGGCCAAAAUUGGACCAAAAAUUAAAAUUACUUUAUUUUCGACAAAAUUUGACAAAGUUAACAAAAAAAGUAUGCUGAACAUGAUAGUGACAUCAAAAUGUUAAUUUUUUGUCAACUAAAUGCCGUUUAAGACCAUAAACGUUCCAUCGCGCGACUUUCAACCAUGAAUGAUAGGCUGCAUUUUUUCUUUUUUCUAGUAAUAUGGUUUUUUAACUAAAGCUAUUUCCUUUUUCGAACAAUUAAGAUCGUAUAUUAUUUUUCUUUAUUUUGCUUUUUCUCACUAAGUGACUUUCUUAUACCCCGUUGUUUUUUUGUUGUUGUUGUUUGUUUUUUUUUGUUUUUGUUUUUUUUGGGGGGGGGUUACUGAAUUUCAAAAAUUUUAGGUGGAGCUUGUGGUCUUUCUUCUUCCUGUCAGUCAGUUUACUCCAGACUGACCUAACGAAAAUUGAAAUUUCGAGGAAUUUUCUAUCAAUAUUAUUGCCUAUCCGAAUAGCAAAAUAUGUCGUGUCUAACUUCGUAACAGAAAUCACAAUUUCAUAGACAGCUUUUUAUAAACUUUGUUGGCGAGGUUGUUUGCGUAUAUCAUACGUCUUGUUUAUAUUUGUAAUGUGUGUUAGUGUACAGAGUUGAAUUAUUACACACCAAUUAUU